AUGGCCGAACCAGAAGUCCUCACCGCUCUUCGCCAGCAAGUGCAACAGCUUCAACAGGCACUGCAGACCCAGCAACAGCAGCAUUCUCGCAACGCCUCCACAACCAGGGCCGUGCCUGCCCUCUCCGCUGAGGACGUCACAGCCCCUACAGAAGGCAUCCCGCACGCUGCCUCAUACGAUACCUGGCGUGUCGCCAUCAAGCUUCCACCACUUUGGGUGUACUCGCCCAAGGUCUGGUUCGCCCAGGUCGAGGCCCAGUUCUCCCUGGCGCGCAUCACGCAAGACCGGACCCGCUACGAUUACGUCGUCGCCCACCUGGACGCACGUUAUGCCAACGAGGUCCGGGAUAUCCUUGCCAACCCACCAACGGCCAAUCUCUAUGAACACCUGAAGACUGCACUUAUCCGCCGCCUGUCGCUCUCGGAAGAACAGAAGAUACGACAACUUCAGUCCGCAGAGCUUGCUGAGCGCAAACCUUCGCAGCUCCUGCGCCACAUGCGUGCGCUCGCGGGCAACAUGCAAGUCCAGGAUUCUUUACUGCGAGCGCUUUGGCUCCAACGACUCCCGCCGCACUUCCAGGCAAUUCUGCAAGCUCAGGUUAGGCUACCUCUCAACGAACUUGCGGAGAUUGCUGAUCGCGUCAUCGAGGCCUCCUUGCCGCAGUUGUCGCCCACCAUCCAGGCUGUCGCCACACCGCUGAACACCACAGAUCUUGCGCGCCGUAUCGACGACAUCGAUCGACAGCUCACCUUCAUUCAACAAGGCCUGGGUUAA